AUGUCAUGUCUAGCAGCGUUCACCAUUGCCCUAUACAUUGUGCUUGGGAAUCAAGUGAAUCAUGAUCUCAUCUUUCUCUUCGAAACUCUCUUCACCGGCUCGUUUUGGUCGGCGCUUAUCUCUUACACAUCGUUAUCAAUGUUAAAGCUCUACGCGAUUUGGCGACCCUUUGAUUAUCGGAGGACGGUCACGAUGAAGCGUUGCAUUUAUCUCGGUGUUGUGAGUUUUCCCCUUUGGAAACUCGGCGUUCACAUUCUCACCUUUGCCGGCUUGAGCAUUUUCUUUAUUGUUUGUUGUAUGUGGAAUGCUUUUUCAACGGGAUGCUAUUUCCAGCGAAACUACGUCGAGUUGAUGAGAAUACGAGGAAUCGUGAGACUAAUUCUCAUCUUGCGAAUCUGUCUGGAUCCUGUGCUCUCGUUUGCAACGGAUUUACAACUCCGUCGCUGUCUUUUCGAAACAUUUAGCGUUACGAGCGAGGAUACGAGCUCGACUCUAAACCAUUCGAAAGAAAGAAAAUCCGAUACAACUCACGCUGGUUCCAAGAAG